AUGUCGACCGAAGCCCCCACCAGCCAGAAGAUCAAGCUCACCACGAGCGACAACAUCGACCUCGCUGUUGACCGCCAGGUGGCCGAGCGCUCGAUCCUGAUCAAGAAUCUGCUCGAGGAUCUCGGCGGCGACAACGAUGAGGCCAUCCCCAUCCCCAACGUCAACGAGGCCGUCAUGAAGAAGGUCCUCGAGUGGUGCGAGCACCACCGCAACGACCCGCCCGCCUCGCAGGACGACGACUCGGACUCGCGCAAGAAGUCGACCGACAUCGACGAGUGGGACCAGAAGUUCAUGCAGGUCGACCAGGAGAUGCUGUUUGAGAUUAUUCUGGCCGCCAACUACCUCGACAUCAAGGCGCUGCUCGACGUCGGCUGCAAGACGGUCGCCAACAUGAUCAAGGGCAAGUCCCCCGACGAGAUCCGCAAGACGUUCAACAUCCAGAACGAUUUCACCCCGGAGGAGGAGGAGCAGAUCCGCCGCGAGAACGAGUGGGCCGAGGACCGCUAG